AUGGAGGUGGUGACUGAGUAUGAGUAUGUUGGUCUCGUUAUCGAUCACUAACUCACCUGUGUAGAUGCUUUUGGAAAGAAAGUGUAACAGCAUGUGUGUUUUCUUUGACUCUUUCUUUUGCUAUUAAUUCCAGAGACAUGGAGACAGUUUCCAUGGUCCACUCACAUCCAACGUCAUGAUUGGGACCUCCAGUCUCUCAGGGGACACCCUCAUCGCAUGCCACUUUCCUGUGGUUCAACUUCCCGCUUGGCGACUUCCCGUCCAGGCCCUCUACAGCUCCGCCAAGAGGCCUGGUCGGCUGUGCGCAGCGGGCCUUACUCGAGCUGUAUCCCUCCCAGAGCAAGACUCCUUAAAUCGAGAACAGACCUUCAACGGUGGCAGGAAACAUUUCUCCAGCAGCUACUGUAGCCUCAAUGAGGAGCGUGCAGAGGAGGAGGGUGGCAGUGACAGCAGCGGGAGGUAUGACUCCACCUCAUCACCAGAAGAAAUCACUUCUUUCCUGAAGAAGGAAGGCUCUGGGGUGAAAGGCAGUCAGCGGCUACACAACUCAUUCCUUCCAAACUCAGAGCUGGAUGAGGAUGAGGAAGAUGAAGAUAGCGAUGGAGGGAAUCUGCACAGAUAUCACGAGGACUCGUCUUUUGUGCUGCAUGGAAAUUCAAACUGGCCUCUGAGCAACGGGGCGAGGAAUUACACCGUUAACAAUGGUGACUUUGAGAAUGAAUGGGGCAACGAGGGGACCCUUUUGGAGUGCACUCAUGUUGGUAGAGCUGGCAACACGGCUUAUGGAGAGCAGGACUUAGACAGUUUGAAGGAUAACAUGUCUUGUUGCAUCCACAGCCAACAAAAAUGUUCCCCAGAGCUCCUGACAAAUGGUCACACAGAGUACGUGAGCGACUCUUCCUGUAACAGCUCAGAUGGAGUCCUGGUGAACUUCUGCACUAUCUACAACCGCAGCAAUAACCCUGCCACUCCUCAUGAUCUCAGCAGUCCUGCUCUUCACCCCUCCCACUCAUCUGAGGGAUCUGUGUUCCUCAACCUUCAACCUGUCCCCAAGACUCCAGCUGAGAGCUUCCAGCAGGAUGACACAACAGUUUACUCCCCCCAGGAAGGAAAGGAAAAGUUAGAGUGGAGUCCCUGGUCUCCUCAGGGGAUCGACUCCAACUGUAAUCUUUACUCCCUUGAGCCCCUUCCCCCAGGUCUCUCCUCGCUGGAAGUAUCAGACCUGACUGCCUGUCUACAGAGCCAGGCUACUCUGGCCAUCGGGACCAACCAGAAGUACUACAAGCUUGUGACCUGUGACCUAUCGUCCCAGUCGCCCAGCCCUGCCUGGUCCAGCCUCACAAACUGCCCUGAGGGUCAGAACCCUCAGAGCAGAAGUAGCCCGGCCCCUUCCUCUGAGACACUCUGUGUGGAUCGCAAGAAAGAAGAGCAACACAAGGAAAACAAAAAGGUAAUUCUGGGGUAAAAUAACUCUUCUCUGAGAACUGAGUCAGAAGACUUUGGUGUUCCAUACACUUUUUGUUUAUUUAACAUUUAAUUUGGAAGAAAGUGACGAAAAAAUUUAGAAAAAAUAAACUAGUUUUGACUAAUAAGGCUAGAUAAAAUCUCCAAAUUUGGUAAAAUAUGAGUGAAAAUGUCAAGAAUUAAGAUCCUUACACACCUGGAGCGAAGCAAAUAUACGACGUGAAAUUAAGAAAUAUUCUGAGGCGAAUUUUGACGCACCUGACUAUAGACUGACUGUUUUUCAGUUUUGAUUAGACACUAGUGUUGAGAUGUCUGUCUGUCAUGAUAGCAUGUACUGAGUCGGGGCCAGUACCAGAUAAGCACAUGAAACUGUAAUCCAUAAACGUAAGGUAACAACAGAGACCUAAUGGUGCUGUGACAGCAACACAAUUGAGUUUGAGACAGUGAAAAUACUUAUGGUAUGUUGUAUCUGAACAGGUUAGCUUAUGGGCUAAAGUUACUUAGACAGAUGAAAGUUAAAACAAAGACAUUUAGCAAACUGUUAAACCACACAAACCAUCGUCAUAUGAGAAAUCUGACGCUAUGACUCUCCACAAGUUGUCCUUCAGGUCGUUAUCUUUGUAAUGUUUGUGUUUUUUUAUCAAAAAGCACUCUGUUCUCCGACACGUAACAAUCAGCCGGUCGGCCAUGUUGGAUAUACCGGUGAAUCUAAGGUCGCAACAACACGAAAUCUGAUUGGUCAGAAGUGGACACACAGUAUGCUAAACUUUAGAAAAAUCGAAUAAAAUAUUCACAUUAAAGGAUAUAUUUGGUUAUCAAAAGGCAGCAGGAUGAGAUUUUUUAGUUAGAUGACAAAAUUGAAUCAUGCAUAGGACUAGAGGAGUUAAAACUUUGUCCACAGGGGGCGCUAAACUUAAAAAAAAUUGAAGUUCCUCAGAGAAGCUUUUAAAUGAAUCCAGUUUGAGCCAUAAGAGGAAUAUACACAAGCUCAACUCAUCAUUUUACUGCUAGAUUUUAAGUAAGUUAAGCUGUGUGUUGGUGAGUUUGUGCCUUUACUACACAAAUGGUUGUGUUAAACCUGCUUAAACAGCUGGAUUCAAGUUAUUUUUGCUAACUCAGUGACCAGUGAGGAAUGUAUGAGCUUUAUAUAGUGUAGAAUAGACCCCAAAAGGGCUUAAGUUGCCCUUCAAAAAUGUUUCAUAUGACAGAAGAGAGCAACAACAUUUAAAUAAUGUAUGUCGUUUGGUUUUCAUUUGGUUCAGUAAGCACAAGCGCUUGUUUUAUUUUUGUGUCACCAUCAGGAGAAAGAGGAUCAAGAAAAGGAUAAGAGUUUCUCCUCUUCACAUAGCAACACCUCCCUGUUUACAGCUUAUGAUUACCAAGAAGCCAGCACCUCCACUAAACGAUCUUUCUGCAUGAAGAGAAGCCCGGACAGCAUCCAAACCUUCUCCUACACUCGGUGUUCAAUGUGCCCAAGCCAAUGUAGCCCACAUAGCUGUUGCUGUCAGAGUACCAGCUCUGCAUCCACAUUGCCAUCUGUGAUUUUGGACCAGGAGUACUGUGAUACUGAUGCUACCACGAAGGGUAAUGUGCUCAAUGCAUUUUUUUGUUUCGCUUUAUUCUAGAGAAAAUCAAAAUACACAUCCAGGUUUUUCCCCUUUUUAGAGCAAAGUGACGCUAACAGCUGUUUUCUUUUCUUUCUUCCUUCACUGUCAUCACAGGAGCUUGUUCAAUGGGAAAUGCUGUCAUUCGCUACAGUAAAGCCCAGAGACCAACCACGCUCCCAAUCCAGCCCUUCGUUCUGGUCCCUGCAGACAAACCCCAGACCCAGCAUUUGGGAUGUCUUCUGGACCAGUACAUAAACCAGAAGUCAAGCAAAUCCAGUAGCACCCAAUCAGGCUUUAAGUUCAAGGGUAAAAGGAGUCAGUGCUUUACUAAUCUUCAGCUGUCACCAAUGGGCAGCGCCUGCCCCGUCUUCCUGGAGGCUCCUUCAAGUUCAGAUACCUGCUCCACCUGCACACCAAGUCCUGAGUGCUUUAGCCGUAGGCACACAUGGAGCCAGUCUAGCAGGAGUCAAGGGUGCCAGAGUCCAUGCACGUCAAAAAGUAGCCUGCAGCCAACCCACACCAGCCCAAAGCCAGACCUGGUGCAGGUUCAGGAUAAAACAAACCCAAACUCAGGCACAACUCAGGCUAACGCUUUUCUUAAAGUGACCCCAACCCUUCCUCAGCCCAGUCUUGUUAAAGUCCCCACCUACCAGGACCUUAUCAACCUCGCCACGGAGCAGAGCUAUGCCAACACUAAUGCCAAAAGUCCUAAUCAGUCCCAAACCUCGUAUGAUUCAGUGUUCACUAAUACACCACCCACUUUACCCCUAAUUAUGGAUGCCCAUCACCCAAACCUGCAGGUGUCCAUGUCUCCACCUACAACGAUACCACAGGAGAAGAGGGCCACACCUGUUGUAAACUCUGGAUUUUUUCACGGUAGUUUAACAGCGGCCUUCUCCUCGGUCGCUCCUCUCUCCUCUUUGAGUUCUCUGCUAUCAAUGGCUGCGUCAGGGUUACACCCUCAGCAAAACCCAGACUCCACAGGGCUCAGCGGGAAGCCGAGCCAGAGUCAACACAGUGAAUCUCUGAUCCUGAGUGACAAGCCCCCGGCAGAGUUCUGCCUCUCGCCCGAUACGUCUUACGAGUCCAUGUCUAUCAGCCAUCUUCAGAGGAGAGGUGAGGAAAAUUGAGCAUUUUGUACGGUCACCAUCUUCCUCUGGUAGUAAACUUAAAUCUUGUCAUACUACUGCUUCACAAUUGAUUGAAUUUUUUAUAAAAUAGAAGAACAAAUAAUCUUUUUGUAUAUCUUAUAGUAUAAGAUCAUAGUAAAAGUAACAUCAUGUUUGCUAGUAACAAAACUCGUAUAACCACUCAAUAGCUAACAUUAUCAUUUCACAGAGCUAAAACAACACUUUACUCUCUAGUUAAGCUCCACAUGCCAAAGACAGCCUGUUUUUCCACAGCAAAGUGAAUUAUAUUAACAGCCUGGUCCCAAAAAAAGAGAAAAGAAAGAAAAGAAAAAUUGAAAGAAAGAGAGAACUAUCAUUUUGGUCUCUAUACUCCAGCAACAUCAUAUUAAAACCGGCUCCCCAUCACACUGUGAUAGAAGGACACUGCCACCAUGUUAGUGUGAUGACUUAACGACUAAUAAACUGUAGGGGUUUGCAUGGCACAUGAAAUACGGACUGUACCAGAAACAAUAGUUAUAUGCCUCGAUUGAUUUGUCUCACCAGUCAUGAGCCACGUAGAGCAGCAAUACAAACUCUCUGUGCUGCAGCAGUGUCUUCAAUACCCUGAAGGGGCUUCCUCUCAAACAUGACCUAUUUUUAUCUCUCCCUGCACAGGAUUGGCUGAGCCUUCUGCUCUGUAGCCUAUGUGUGCGCGACUGCAAGCUCCAACAGAGGAACAUGAAGGAGAAUGAUGCAGUAGAAACAGCACUAAUGAUUUACAGCACGGCUAACCAUUUUGUUUCAGUGCCACCAUGUUGGCUCUAUUGAAUUAUACAAACCUGAACCUUUGCAGAGAAUAGUCAUAGACGGGGGGGAUUUUUGCUGCAGAGGUUACCAGUCAGCGUGGUGCAGCACUGCAGGCAGCAUCAGUGUGCAUUAAGAAUUUACUGUGACAUUUGCAGAGGCGAGCCAGAAUGAGAUGAAUAAAAACAGGCAGGGGUAAAGCAAGUCAAUGAGAGACAAAGCUAAAGAGGAAACAGGCUCUAUCAUCUUUAUCUCACAUGUACAUUUGCAUUUCUGCACUAUGGUAAUGAAGCUUGAACAUAUUCCUUCAUACUUUUGUGCUUUGACCCAGUUUUUACUGUUACAGAGACACGUAUCUCAUUAAGAUGAGAGAAAAAAGCAUCUGCCUGUGCAGUAACAUCAAGUCACCGUUUCCCCCCCAAAAAAAACAUCAGGUUUACAUAUAUUUUAGAGAAAACUUAAUUUUCUUACGUACAAAAGACAGAACUGUUGCUCUGAAAGGUUAUAUCAGAAAUGUGCAGUUUAUAUUUUAUACUGUUACAUGCUACAUCUAUACAUAUCCGUACCAUAAUUAUUCUGUUAUUCUGUUAAAAGAAUCUCAGGUCCAUAUGUUUACAUUGUAUAUACCUCAUACUAUUCUUGUGUCAAAUUUCUAUUUCUAUACACAUAAACAUGUGCAAUAUUCUAAAUCACUGAAGGACAAUAUAGAUUCAUUUGCACAUUACAUUAAUGUUAUUUCUGUAUAUUUACCAUAUUUAUUCUGUUAAUAGGAUCUCAGAACUGUGCACUUUAUAUUUUAUACUGUUACAUAUUUACACCUAUGCACAUCCGUACCAUAUUUAUCCUGUCAGAGGAAUCUCAGGUCCACACGUUUACAUUGUAUAUACUUCAUAUUAAUCUAGUUUCAUAUUUUUCUAUAUUUUUCUAUCUUGUCUUGCACUGAUUUGGGUGUCUUUAAUCUCAUUGUACUGCGUAUAAUGACAAAAAAAGGCAUUCUGAUUCUGAUUAUUUAGAUUCAUGUGUUUGAUGGAAACGUGAGCUUCUGUUGUCAAUUUUACGAGAAUGUGAACAGGAUCAGGAUCAGCAAUCUCAUCAGUGGAUCAUUGCUCUGUUUCUAUCCCACAUGUAAAGCUUGUUAGACCUCCUUCUUUAUUCCAUGUUCACAGGUUUGCUGAGAGCUGUGAGCAGAGCGGUGGAUUUGAUCAUGGCUCAUUUUGGCAGCAGCAGAGACCCUGAAGAAAAGGUAUGAACCGGCAGAGCCGAGCAGCUUGAAAGAUGUGUCACUGUGGAAAAAAAAUGCCUGAAUGUUUUCUAAGAAUCUGGGACCAGAAUCAACCGACUUCUGUUUGCAGUAAAUACACAGAGUCAAAUUUGUCUUGCCACAGAUGCGUCUUGGUAGCAGCUCUCGUAGUCCCACAAUUGCUGGGCUGGUCCUGGAGCACUUGUGUCCAACAAUCCAGAAUAUUUUAGAGGAUGGACUCAGGGAUCACAAACUGGAUUUCAUCAUCGGGCAGCGCCGUAACCAUUCCUGGGGAGUGGUGGAAGUUUCUACAAGGAUAGGUAAGGUGUACCCUGAUCUUAACCGCGACAAAGAAGCAUCAUUGUGUUAAUGCAAAGCAUUACCAGAUAGUUUUGAAGGAGAAGGAGAAUACUCAUGCACAUUGUCUGUAAUAUAAUCUCAAUCCACAAUUAAUACAAUAUUAUCUCAUGAUCUCAAUUCAAGGUCCAUCAACAAGGGUCCUUCACAGUCUGGUCUCCAAAAUCAGGCAAUGUCCGCAGCUCAGCAGUCACUGUAUGAGGCUGAGAGCAUUCAUCAUGGGGUUGUUGAAGUAAGGACAGACUUUAACCUUGAUUGCAGCAAAGACUGAAUCAAAUUACCACACAUGUAACAUCAUCCGUCUUCGUUUAUGUCUUCCCUUUUAGCCUGAGAGCGUUGGAGUUCUGGCUCAGUCACCUUCAGAGUCAAAAAGGUGAGUGUAUAAUUGACUUACUGUCAUUCAGUUUGUUAGCGCCUGCAGUCUGCAUUCAAACCUCAGCUACGACUGAAUGGACUAACUGGAAAUUAGGAUGAAGGAACCAAAAAAAUGUUGAUCUCCUAAAUUUUCUUGAAUGCAUUCACCUAAAAGUUAAAUACUUCGGUUCAUUACAAAUACAUUCGGUUAUUUUUGCAAAACAGCACUUUAAACCGAGCUGAUAAAGUUUGUACAUAUUUCAACAGAUGUGGUGACAACGUACUACCAUUCUUGGGGUUUCCUGUCCAUGUCACUCGGUCGGUGUCAGCCCAUGUUUGAGGAGCUGCUACUCUUGCUGCAGCCACUCUCCGUGCUGCCCUUUGACCUCAACCUGCUCCUGGAGCCUCGACUGCUGCAGAACAGACAGCUGUGUUUAGAUGAGCAGGAUGUGUCUCCACCACAGCCAUGCUCAGCCCUCCUAGUGACCAGCUGGCCGUUACUGCAGGCCGACAGACAGGUAGAAAUCAGCCGCAGUGUCCAGCAAACCAACACGUCACACAACCCAGAUCUACACCGACGACAGGGUCUCAGUUCUCAGAAUUUAAGCUGCUGUAAACAAGAUGAGGGAGUGAUUCAGACCAGCAGAAGUCCAUUGUUAGCUCCUAUUCCAGAGUGGUGGCCCAAAGAGUCCGAUCUAAUGGAUGGUGUGGCUGAAGGAGAAGACUGUAGCCAGAAUAACACAGACAACUGGUCCCAAAUAAGUAUGGACAGCAGGCAGGGAGAGAAAAGAGGAGAGAAAGACAAUGAGAUCCUAAAUGCAUCAACUUCUGUCUCGGCUGAGAGUCCAUGUCAAGGGGGACUGCGCUGGGCCAAACUGUUUGGAGCAGCUGACACUCCAACCCGGACAGAGUCUGUUUUUCAAAGUCAGCUUGGAGUCCAAAGCAGGUGAAAGUUUUGCUGUUUUUUAUGAAUGUAUCGUAAUUUUUUUUUACUUUUAGCUGUAAAAUGAUGAAAGCAUACUCGCCCCCUAACACCAACACCUUUAUAAUUGUUUUUCAGGUACAAGCGACCAUCACAGUGGCUGCGUCUGGACAGGUCUCAGCUCGGACUCUUGGCUCAAUCCAUCAGGUCACUAAAACUUGGAGGAGCUCAGGCAGACAAAGACUGUUGA